AUUCACAACAGCUCCCUUUUCACCACACCUCGCAUUCCUGCCCUCAUCCGUCUUGAACCUUAAAAAACCUCUCUUCAUUCUAUAAGAAGAUAUGGGGGCCAAGACCAACAAAGCAGAAUAUUUCGAAAAGCUCAAGGGACUCCUCGAGACCUACACGAGUAUUUUCAUCGUUACCGUCGACAAUGUCUCUUCACAGCAAAUGCACGAGAUCCGUGCCUCUCUGAGGGGUCAAGGUGUUGUUCUCAUGGGAAAGAAUACCAUGGUUCGCCGCGCCAUCCGUGUCUUGCUCUCUGAUUUCCCUGAGUACGAGCGUCUUCUUCCACACGUUAAGGGCAAUGUUGGAUUUGUCUUCACCAAUGCCGAUCUCAACGAUUCGCCGCCCCCGCUCGUGCCGGCGCCGUCGCUCCUCUCGAUGUCUUUGUCCCGGCGGGCAACACCGGUAUGGAACCCGGAAAGACCUCUUUCUUCCAGGCUCUCGGUGUUCCCACCAAGAUUGCUCGUGGUACCAUUGAAAUUACUACCGACCUCAAGCUCGUUGAGGCUGGAAACAAGGUCGGAGCUUCUGAAGCGACCCUUCUCAAUAUGUUGA